GGCGUUUUUGUUUCUGUGUGUGAUCUCUCUCUGGUGGAAAGUUGCCUGAAAAACUGGUCAAAGUGCCACAGGGAGCAAUGAUUCGUGCUGGAAAACAGUAAAAGUGUUCUAUCUAUUGGCCGCUGUUGUACGUUGUUGUGAACUUUUCGUGCAAGCUGUGAGAAGGAAUGGAAAAGUUUUGUGACUAAACAUAACCGCACUUUUCGCGUUGGCUGAACUGCGAAAUUCCCAGUGCAGAGCAAGGGGGCACUUUGUGUGUAUUUUCACCAUCCAUUCGGAUGAAUAUUGCAGAGCUGAACAGCGGAAGGUGGCAAUCGAUAUACGCGGAGUGAACACAGAGACAAAUGCCCAGAAGUGUUGGUCGGAAGGAGUGCGCAUCGAUUGCCCGCGACUCGGUAGUUGUUCUCUGUCAGCCCAGCGGUGAGCACACAGGCCAGUCCACUGAUCUCGUGAGUCAGAGACUUUCUGAGCUGCAAGGCAGCUUAUCUGUGCCACUAUUGUUGCCACAUAUUCCGUCAUAUCGCGGACGACAACAAUGACAAGCUCACAUCACCACUGUGAUAGCCUUAUCAGUGCCAGGAAGUUCACCAGGAGUCGGAGUCGUUGCUGAAAUCUUCGCUCACCCGCCGCGGCGCGCUAUGGUGGAAUAGCACAACCAACUCCCGGACGUAUUCUCGCAACAAGGGCCACAGCUGAAUGGGCACAGAACUCUGCUUUGCGCGAAAGAAGAAAACAUGUGGACAUUGUGAAGAAUUCUCCCUGCGACACUGCGAAGAUUUCUUGUGCCUUACAUCAGAGUCCAAAAUAUUCCUGAGAAGCAGCAAUGCUGUGUGAGAAAGCUGCUGUUUUCCACUAAUUUUAGAAGUUUUUUUUUCUGCGUAAGAUUUCCCCUGUGAAGUGUGAUUUUCUUGUGAGUGUGAGAGCUGAUCCUCAGCGUGGGAAUACAGUUUAUGAAUCGUGUGCAUUUGGAUCAUGAAAAUGAAAUGCUGGCUCGCUGCUGCGUGUAACAAUACUCUCAUGUCGUCCUCCGUGACCAAGAUGCGACCAACAUCACUCAAUGUGCAGCAGCAGCAACAGAAUGUCGUCGAUGUUAAGAAAUUCCUCAGAGAGGCAUUCAAUUCCUGGCGAAGUAGAGAAUCAUGUGGAAUUGUUCCUGGAGAUCGUGUUCUUGAACUCUUCAGUGAUUUGAACUUUUCACCUACGGAUAAACAAGUUAAUGAUAUGCUUCAGACGGCAAAACAAUUUGCUCGGCGGUGCAAUUUGGAGAAUGGUGCUGGACGAUUGCAUUUAGAUGGCUUAACGUUUGGUGAAUUUUGUGUACUCUUGGCGGAUUUUCGGCGUUUUCGGACAUGCAGCGUGAUGAGUAAUCAUGACAGUGAGGUCAAUGGAGGUGAUUUUGUAGGCUCUCUAAAAAGUACCAAUAGUGCGGCGGAGAAGUGUUCUGCCAGUGACUGCCCGUCAUUGAUAUUAGGAAGUGGUGCAGCAGCGGCUGAGAAGUGCAGCGAGGCGGCGCCGGCGGGCGCAGAUUGUGGCGGCCCUGAGGUGUUCCUCGGCGGCUCGUGCAAUCCCACCACGUGGCGCGCCGAUGUGGCCAUUCCGACACUCGAGAAGCUCGGGAUCUCCUUCUACAACCCACAGGUGUCAGAUUGGACGCCAGAUCUCAUUGAAUUGGAGCACCGCGCGAAGGAGAAGGCGCGCGUGCUGUUCUUCGUCAUCGAUUCAGAGACGAGGGCGUCUGCGGGGGCGAUCGAGGCGGCUCACAUCGCUGGACAGAAUUCGAAGCAUUUAGUGUUGGUGUUGCAUCCAUAUAAGCCGCACCAGAAGAUCCUCAAUGAACCCAUUUCAACGCAAGAGUAUAUUGAUUUGACGCGAAAUCAGAAUCUGCUGCGGGAACUUGUGCUGAGACGAGGUUUGCCCAUUCUUGAUAGCAUUCCUUCCGGUUUGCAGCGGACAAAGGCAAUUUUGUCGGGCAACGAAGGUCGGAGUCCACCGUCAAAUAUUGCCUCAAGAUUAAUCUCCGUGCGUCGUGCAUUUGAUCGCAUAUGCGCCACAAGUGUGGAUGAGAUCACAACACAUGAAUGCCAGCUUGCACUGAGUUACCUGGGCUACACAAAUAGCAUCAUCACCCAAGAGAACAUCCGGAAAAUAGUGACGGUGAACCGUGAUGUGCAGAAGAAAAGUGAGUCCAUCUUCAAGCGGCACGUCUAUCAUCAUCAUCACCAGACGCAGAGUCGUCGUGUCGGUGGCGAGAUGAAGGGUGUGCUGUACAUAAACUUCGAGGAGUUCUGCGUCAUUGCCGCGUACUUGUCGGUUCUGCAGCAAGAGAUUAAUGAGAACACGUGUGUGUCGCCAAUUAAAGGUACCAAUUUGCCGCCGCCGCCGAUCUUUCUCACAAAUACACCCGAAUGGAUUCACAAGAAUCGUGAGGCAUCAUCGCCGCUGGUGACGAGUGGAAAUGGCGAGGAGAGCGAGGCGAUGAUGAGAAGCGGAGAGCCUCUGUACACGCUGCGCUUCAAGUCAGCGCCCAGCGUGUCGCGCGAGAGUCAGCGGAAGCGCGACAGUGGCACAUCUUCGCCGCUGCCGCAGGAGUCCUCGGGAUCGUCACUGGUGGGUCGGGACUCGUCGUCGGCCGUGCCGCAGUUUCCCACACGACAGCUCGAGCGCCGCGCGGACGAUGAAGAGGACAACGAUUCGGUGUUCUCGGACGAUGCGGCGUCCAGCGAGAGCAGCAGCUCGGACAGCAGCAGCGACAUGCGGGACAUCUUCCUGGGUGGCAGCUGCAUGCGGAGGUCGCGCUGGCGGGAGGAUUACGCCAUUCCAGUGCUGAAGACGCGCGGCAUGACGUACCAUCUGCCCGAGGAGGGUCAUCACUUCGUGGCGGAUGUCGGGAUGCCGGAGAAGAGACUCAAGUACAACACUCUGCUGCCCGAGACGCCGACUGAGGACGAAUCUGUGGGGCAUCUGAUCAACGAGCCACUGUUCAAUCCCACCCUCUUGGACUCCAGUCGCGUCCUGCUCUUCGUCAUCACCAACGAGACGCGCUCUCUCGCCCCGAUGACCCUGGCGGCGCACUACAUCGGCCUGGGCUACGACGUUGUGCUGUGCGUGCAGAUGCUGGUGGACAGUAUUAUUGGGAAUGAAAGGCUGACUCCCGCGGCUAUCAAAGAUUACAACAGAGGCCGUGACUACUUAAUCGAUCUUGCGAAGAGGCAAGGAAUUCCGGUUUACAGUGAUAUUCAGGCAGCACUGGAAUGUGCCAUAGAGAAAGCCAACAUGCAUAAAUCAAUUGCAUCCAUCUAAUAUUUCAUGGCAAUUGCAUUGGCCAGAGAAGAGCGCAAUCCACUCACAUCGAGUGGCGUGCAAUAGAGCUACACACUUCGUGAAGAGAGCAGCGUGAAGAGGCAUCGUUGAAUGAUGCCCAUUUUUAGAUUCUCUUUGAUUGAUAAUGAUUCUUUUUUUUAACAUGAAAGGCCUUAAAGAUCUUCUUUUUGAUCGUAUAAAGCAACAAAAAAUAUUAACACUAUAGAAAUUGAAAUUAACAAUCUUUUCGAUGUUUAAGAAAUUUUAUAAAGCAAAAUUGUCACUUUUUUUGUAAAACUUACUAUAUGAAAACAUAAAUUUGGGGAAAAUUUGAUGAUUUUAUGCGAGAGGAAUUUAUGAGAAAAAAAACCAGAAAAUUUUACCAUGUAAAUAAAUGUAUGAGAGAUUUCAUAAGUGGUUUUUAUGCAAAUUAUACUAAAUUGAACUAAACUGAGAAUUUAAAGCAGAAAAAAAAUAUCAGAGAGAACGCAAAACAGAAGCACUAAAAUGUACAUAAUUUAAAUAUAUACAAAAGCGAUAUUAAAGAUUUCAUAUAUGAAAUAAAAAAAUAACUCUAGAUAAAGGUAAAAACAAUUUAGUUAAUGUUAGUGUAAAAUUUUAAUAAUAUCUAAAUAAUUUAAUUAAAAGCAGUAGAUGGAAUGCAUAAAAAAUCAUGACACCAUUCAA